CUUAACUUCUGUUUUAUAAUCUGUGUUUUUUGUUUCACCAGUUAAUUAUUAACUUAUAUUUUUUUAAUGUUAAGAUUUGAGCGCCGAUCUCUUUUAUUCUUUCUUUAUUUUUUACUUUUUUUCACAGAAUUUGUUACCCAUAAAAUAAAUCAAAAAAGAAAUUAUCCGCCAGCACUCCCUUGUUGGAAAUAAGAAUUCUCUUUUCUUCCAACUUCUGUUUAAAUUUUUAUUCUUUUUAAUUUCUAUCUAUCCAUCUAUCUAUCUUUCCAGUUGUCUGUCUUUUAUCUUUUUCACCCAUCAUCCACCACCCCCAUCUUCUUCUUCUUCCAAAAUUCAUAAUUUCUAUCUUUCUAAUUCCUCCUUUUCUUCUCCGACCACUUCUCUCUUUUCUCCCUCCCUUUUCUCAAUUGCAAGGGGGUGAGUUAGAGAGAGAAAUAAAAGUACUUCAGGAAAUUAUUAUUAGCUUAAUAGAACAUACAAUUGGGUGUUCAAAAAUCAUCUGUUCAGACUCUACCUCUACUCAUAGUACUAGUACUGUAUAGUAUAAUACACUGGGUAAAAAAAAAGGGGGUUCAAGGAUACAGAAGAAGAAGAAAGAUACAAUACUGCUCAAGGUAUAGGAGAGAGACAGAGAGAAAGGGGUUAAGGGAAUUCUGCUUCUUCUUCAUCUUUCUCUUCUCCAUAUUGGAAAAUACUGGCUCAUCAUAAUCAGUAGUAUCAUAAUCUAGUAUGCAACAAGGAGGACCCCAAUAUGGGGUAUCACCGGAGAUGAGUAAUAAUCCUGCAGACCAUCACUUACAGCAACAACAAAGGCAACAUAAAUCAUUGAGUGUGGAUGCAACAGUGGUAACGGCAGAAGCAGCGUCACCAAUCAGUUGUCGACCACCUGCAUCAGGGAGUUUUGAAGAAUUGGUAGGUGCUCCUGGAUCAGGUGGAGGUAGGUUUCAAGACGAGGAUGGGUUUGGUGGUGAAGAAACUGAAAGAGGAUCAGCAGGUGGAGGAGGUAAUAGAUGGCCACGUCAAGAAACUAUUGCUCUAUUGAAAAUUAGGUCGGAUAUGGAUGCCGCUUUCCGAGAUGCCACGCUUAAAGGCCCUCUCUGGGAAGACGUCUCAAGGAAACUAGCUGAGCUUGGGUUUAUCAGAAGUGCCAAGAAAUGUAAAGAGAAGUUUGAAAACGUCCACAAAUACUACAAGCGCACCAAAGAAGGCCGUGCUGGUCGUCAAGACGGCAAAUCUUACAGAUUUUUCACUCAACUUGAAGCUCUCCACGGCACCACCACCACCACCACCACCGCCACUCCAACUCACUCUCUUCCUCCUCUUCCCAUCACCUCCGCAACAACAACAAACCAAGGUGUGAGUCCACUUCCUAUGGGAAUCGGGAUGGUUGGUUCUGCUACUUCUGGGCGAAUUCAACCUCCUCCUUCUGAUUCUGCCGCCAUUCCUACUGCCCAGAUCGGAGUACCAAGAUCAGAUUACCAAACACCACCCCCACAGCCACCCACAACUGGGAUUUCUGGUUCUUCUGCCGCUGCUGCUGUUGCCGCAGGAAUUAGUUUCUCUUCCAAUACUUCAUCUUCUUCGGGAGAUUCAGAUUCAGACGAGGAUUUAGAUGAAGGUGGUGGUCCAAGUUCUAAUCCAACUGAUACCCGCAAAAGAAAAAGAGGCGGAAGUGGUGGUGUAAGUGUUGGUGGAAGUACGAGUCACAGGAUGAUGCAUUUCUUUGAAGGACUAAUGAAACAGGUGAUGGAAAAACAAGAGGCUAUGCAACAGAGAUUUCUUGAGACAAUUGAGAAAAGAGAACAAGACAGAAUGAUUAGGGAAGAAGCUUGGAAACGUCAAGAGAUGGCUAGGCUUACUCGAGAGCACGAGAUGAUGGCACAAGAGAGAGCAAUCUCUGCUUCUAGAGAUGCCGCCGUCAUCGCCUUCCUUCAGAAAAUCACUGGACAAACUAUUCAAUUACCGUCUCCUGGAAUUAUCCCCGCCGCCCCACCACCAGCACCAGUUCAGGCACCACCACCCACACCGCAACCUCAAUCUAUUCCACCUCCCACAGCACCGACUCCUUCUCCUCCCCCUCCUCCUCCUUCACAGCCAAAGCAGCAAAAACAACAUCAACAUCACCAGAUAGUACGACAUCAACCGCAGCAGCAGCCACCGCCUCAGAGUCAGAGCAGCGAGGUCAUAAUCACCCACCACCAUCAACCUACCUCGGCAGACCAUGUAAUUAUAGCAGUUCCCGAGCAGCAACAUCCACCCGCGCAAGAGAUGGGUAGCGGUGGAUUCGACUCAGCAUCAUCAAGAUGGCCGAAGACAGAAGUUCUUGCACUUAUUAAACUCAGAAGUGGACUCGAAUCAAGGUAUCAAGAAGCAGGACCAAAGGGGCCACUGUGGGAAGAGAUCUCUGCGGGGAUGGGUAAGAUGGGAUACAGCAGGAGUGCAAAGAGAUGCAAAGAGAAAUGGGAGAACAUCAACAAGUACUUCAAAAAGGUUAAAGAGAGUAACAAGAAACGGCCUGAAGAUGCUAAGACUUGCCCUUAUUUUCAUCAAUUAGAUGCUCUAUACCGGAAGAAAGUGCAUGGUGGAAGUAAUCAAACCAAGCAAGAAUCACCAAUAGAUCAUAAUCAAUCUUCUAAUACAUCCUCUUCUUCAAUGGACCCAAAUCAAUCAUCGACAACCUUGCAGCAAGCAAUCAUGGCUCCACCGCCACCUCCUCCACAAACAAAUGCUAAUGAAUCAGCAGCAGAAACCAAUGUAAAGAACAACAACAAUGUCGGUGGUGGUAGCAACGUUGAAGGUGCAGCAUCAGUAGCAAAGAAACCAGAAGACAUUGUGAAGGAGUUGAUGGAACAGAGACAAAACAAUCAUCACCAACAACCACAACCAAUGACAAUGGGCAACUAUGGUAAGCUGACGGGAGAGGACAGCGAUAAUAUUGAAGAUGAUGAGGAAAUGGAUGAUUUAGAUGAUGAUGAUGAUGAAGACACCACGGAAGAAAUAGAAGAUGAAGAUAGAAAUACUAGUAAGAUGAAUUAUAAGAUUGAGUUUCAAAACAGGCAAAAUACAGGAUCCUCUAAUGGUGCAGCAAAUACAGCAGCAAGCACAUUCUUGGCAAUGGUUCAAUGAUACUACUAGUCCCAACCCCAUCCACAUUCUCUCCAAUUGCCUUGACUUUUUUUUUCUUCCGAGGAACCCCAUAAAAUGCCUGAAGGAUAGAAUUCUACCCUUUCUUACUUUUCCUCCUCCCCCCCUCCUCCUCCUCCUCCUCCUCUAUGUACCAUAUGUACCUAUUGUGUCCACAACACAUACCCAGAUGAAAAGCUAGAGCUAGCCCUGAUCAUCAGGUAGAUAUAUCAUCUUUCUCUUCGAAUUGGAUCGAACUAAAGCCCGAAAAAUAACUUGCAAAAAAUUUCCACAUUUCCUCCCUUUAUCUCUGUUCAUGUUUUUCCUCAAUUCAUCAUCUUCUUGUUUCUUUUACUGUUCCUUGUUUAAUUUAUUCGUUACUAUCAUUAGUAGAAGGGAGCUAGAGGUACGUAGUAUCAAGCAGUACGAUGGAAUACAAGAACUGAUCAUUUUGGAUAAUGAACUACUACUGAUGCUACUACUAUCACUACCACCGUAUCGUAUUGGCGAAGAGAGACGUUGCUUCGAUCCCUUUUGAUAUUUUUAUUUUGAUUAUUAAAAUUUGUUGUUGAAUUAUAAUAAAGAAUCAAUUUCAGUUAUCUUUUGAAGAAACAAAAAAACAGAAGAAUACUGAAUUUGGUUUAAGAGUGAAUAGAGAUCAGAAAAUAAGCUUUUGUUUUUCAA